AGUGGGUAAAAAGGGGCCAGAGUUCAAGCGCGUGGACCAGGUAUUUGACAUGCAGAUCCACGACUGGAAGCUUGUCGAGAGCAGCAGUGAUCAGAAGGGUGAGUUUGACUGUAUAUUCACGGUGCGGCGGCGUCUGGACUGGCAAGGUAAGUAUAUCGAAACUCGGGUGGACAUCAAGUCGAAGACUCUGCGGAAAACCCUCCAAGACGUGUUGAAGGACUGCAAAAGCGUUAGUCUUGUCGAGGACACCCCCCAGCUGGAUCCACGCACAUUGUUCCACUAUUACGACGAGUUGAAGACGCAUGUCAAGAAGACGCUGAAGCGGCAGCUUGGAAAAGCGAAGAGGUCGAAGGAGCAGAAGCGGCUCAAGCAGCAGGUUGCGCAGUGCAAGCUGUUGCUCAGCUAUGUGGACGAGGACUUUGGCGCUACUCGUAAAGCUCUAAAGCCCAUGGUCAAAGCAGGCACUAUUACGUACGAUCUGGUAUGGGCGCUCUUCAAGCCCAACACCAUUGCGUUUACGCCUACGUAUAACAACAAGGACGAUGCGCGGUGUUUCAGGGUGGGGACAGCGUACGAGACGGAAAACUGGCUGACGGGCAUCAAGUCGUGGUGUGUUGAUGGCAAGUACCUCGAGUAUGACGGCAAAUCGUUUGGUCUUGGGGAACACGAGGUAUCGAUUCAGGCGUUCAAGGGGCACAAGAAGAUUACCGGUCUUGCCGCAUAUCCGCUCAAGUAUCACAAGGAUGCCAAGGGUAUCAAGAAGCAGCUGGUUGAGCGGGGCAAGAAAUUUGUCGCGCUCCAGGGCAUGAAUUACCGAGUGCAAAAGGGGAUUGCAUAUAUGAAGCACAAGAACAGCAUCGUGCGCUUCAUUGUUAAUGGUCGGGUCAUGAUUGAUCCUGCCAUGUUCCGCCGCAUGAACCCAAACUACCCGCUCUCAUACCUCCGGCCAGACGAGCUAGCUGACAAUGAGGACAAUGAUGACGACGAAGAGUGCUGCUGCAACUCGAGUGAAGAUGAAGACGGCGAAAAAAAGGAAAGGAUGCGCACCGUCAUGUGGAAGGACAGGAGGGGCAGGAAACAUGCUAUCCGAGUACCACAGAGCGUUGUGGACAAGGAAAUGGGCACGGGUACGGAACAGCCGCUUGACAGGGACGACGAUACGAAGGAGGAGCAGCGUCAAGUGCUGACUGAAGAGGAGCUCAUCAUUGCGUCGCCGGUCGUGCUGGGGUUUGCCUUUUCCGAGAAGCUUUGGCUCGAAUUUUCUCUAUCUGGGAUUGAGGAGAUCAAGUGGAACGAGGAAGCAUUUUCCAGUCUGGUGCUGCCGAGCCAGAUCAAGCAGAAUCUCAAGGGCCUGGUGUCUUCGCAUCGGUUCCACGCGGCCAAGACGAUUGACGAUGUGAUCCAGGGCAAGGGCAAGGGGCUCAAUGUGGUGCUGCAUGGCCCGCCCGGGGUGGGUAAGACACUGACGGGUGAAUCGAUUGCUGAGUAUCUGCAGUGCCCUUUGUACGCAGUGUCUGCAGGGGAGCUGGGGACCAACAGCCGGGCGUUGGAGGCGGAUCUGAACCGCAUCAUGGAGAUUACGCAUGCGUGGGGCGCCAUCCUACUGCUGGACGAGGCGGACGUGUUUCUCGAGGCGCGGCAGCCGAAUGACCUACAUCGCAACUCGCUGGUGUCGGUGUUCCUGCGGCUGACCGAGUACUACCAGGGCAUCCUGUUCCUGACGACGAACCGGGUCGAGACCUUUGACGAGGCGUUCCAGUCGAGGAUUCACAUGGGGAUUCGGUAUGAAGAGCUGUCUGCACGGGCCAGGCGGGACAUCUGGCAGCAGCACGUGGGCAGGGUGCAGAGGAUGAAGGGGAGCCAGGGAAUGAAGGCGUUUAGCGAGGCCGACUUUGACGUGCUGAGCCAGAGGGUGCUGAAUGGGCGACAGAUCAAGAACACGGUCAAGACAUCGCAGGCGAUUGCAGUGGCCGAGCAGAGCGCGUUUAGCAUGGAGCACGUCAGGCGGGUGCUGGAGGCUGGGCAGGCAUUUGACGAUGAUAUGCGAGGGGGGAAGGGGUACCGGGAUGCGAUGCGGCAGUACACGUGA